AGUCCGGUGUGUACAGUGAGGUGGGGCGGGGCCAGGCGGGAUCUAGCCAAUGGAAAGAUCCAUGCCGUGUCCAGGAAGUGUCUCGACAGCCACCCUGUUUAUAGGAUGGCUCUUGUGUGAGGUGUGGUGAUUAUGCAAGGAGCUCUCUGAGAGGCGGGCUGACUGUUCCAGACAGGAGUGUUCCCUGAAUACUCCGUUCAUAGUACAGUGAGGACAGAAACCAGUGCAACGGCAGGGAAACAACCCCAGUAACACACACAUCAAUGCAGUUACUGUUACUUAUUUUUCUUUAAUUGUGUAAAUUAUUGGUACAGAACCCACACUGCUGCUGCAGCACGUGGUACAGAGAGUCCUCUACAGCCCCGCCAGCAAAUUACAAAGAUGCGCUAACUGCUUACAGGAAACACCAGCAGCUCCAUAACAACCACCUGCCAUAGGAAACAACCCCUUUCUAAAGCUAUUUUAAUGUGUCUGUAUUUCCUUGCCUUUUCAAAAAUAACAAAUACACGUUGCUAUGUAAUUGCAUGCUGUUCUCUGUAGACAGCAUCUGCUGACUGUACGUGCAUACUGUUUUAUUCCACGUGGCACUUUGAUCCGUUUUGGUUUCCUUGCCUGUCUAUUUUUAUAUUCAACAUGUUUAACAUGACUGUAUAACACACAUUUACAACUAUACUUACAGAAGCACCAGCAUGCAUUUCUGAGCGCCUUUUCACCUUAGAUAAAUAUCGCCACUUGAAUUUUACUGGAGAGCAGCGUUUUCACACAUUUUGUUGCAGACGUGACAUGGUCUGUUUCAUCAGGUUCUACAGAUGUACUCGUAUUUAUGUUUUCAAAGGCAAUGCACUGGUUUGGCUCCGUUCUCGGGGACAGUGGUAUGAGACGAUACUAAAAUUGUUUUGUGAAAUGAGAAUACGCAAAUUUAACUUUAUAAAAAGCAGGUUUACGACUCAAAGGUGUUCCUAAAUUGUUUUGCAACAUUUUUAUUUCAAAGAGAGUUCUGUCGAUUGCCCUUUUGUGUAAAUGGAUCAUCACAUUCUGGUUUUAUUUUCAUCUGGUUUUAUUUUACAUCAUAAAAUGGAUAAUAUCCAGCUGAAGAAUAAACAGCUAACUUGACAACUGUUUUUGAAUGGGUUGAGAAGUACAAGUCACCUAGCCUGCUAACUGAAUACUGCGCGGCUAAUAACAAAGAGGUGUGUUUGAGUUUCUGAUCCGUCUCCAAAAUAACGUUCUUCGAGGAGAUGCUCAUUUAUUUAAUGGAAAGCCGGUAAAUUGCUGUGUUGAAUGUACUACAGGAAAGCUAAAGCAAGCGUGUGUGUUUGUUUUUUUAUUGCACAAACCCCACCCCCUCGCGUUUGAGUUUUAAAGUUUAUUACAGCAGGGUUUUUAAAAAGCCUAAUGUGAUUCAAGAAAAAAAAAAAGCAAAGUUAUUUUGUUGAAAAUGGGGGACACUUUAGUACUGCGUGCCACACGCUGGAUUGCUUUAACAACUUCCCCGGUUCCUUGUGUAUGUGUGUGCAACGCUAGUGGUAGUAAGCAUGGGGCUCCCGGCUCUGACUGCAGGAGCGGCACUGCCCUUGCGGCCCCUGAUGUGAUGGCGAGGAAACCCCGUUGACAAGGCACUGCUUUUUCAUGACGGAACUUAAAGGUGUUAAAUGAAUAUCUUCAGGUGCCACGCUAUAACUCAAUUUCCACGAGUUCACCUCAUCGCUACAAAAUGGCAUGUAAACAAAUGGCGAAAUGCGGCACUGUUUCUCUUGCUACAAAAAGUUGGAAAUUGUUCGAGCUCUUGAAAAAAACCUGAAUCACACACAAGUCGCCGAGCAAUUUGGCGUUUCCCAUUCUGUUGUCAUGGAUGAUGACGAUGACCGUCGUCUUCUAGAUAUAAUAGGGGAUGUGCAGGCAUUAAAUGAUUAUCUUCAUGGCUCAAGCAGUAAAUCAAUUGAAGAAGAUGACCUGGCCAGCGCUGCCUUCGGUUCAGCCAACUCCCUGUUUGCCAGUUCCACUAGUGCCGGCCCCCCGAUCCUGAAGGAUGUGAGUAACCACCUGGGGGGACCUGCGGAGGCGGGGCUGCAGCUCUCCAGCAGCCUGCAGUUCCUGGAGGACGAGCUUGGGGGCGCCUCUCCCCCGAUGGGGGGUGAGCUGGGGGAGGAGCAGCCCUUCGACAUCCUGCAGAAAUCCCUCCAGGAGGCCAACAUCACAGAGCAGACCCUGGCUCAGGAGGCCUUCCUGGAGUCGUCCUCCCUCGGCCCGGGCCAGCCCUUCCCUCAGCAGCUGGGGCUGUCGCACCUCCCUCUCCUGCAGCAGCCUACGGGGGGGCACUUCCCUAACAUGCAGCCCCACGGCUUCAUCCAGCAAGUCCACCCCCAGCACCUGCGCAACGGACACCCAGCCGGCCACAUCCAGCUGCUGGGCUCCUUCAAUACCCAGCCCCCCAUGAUGACCAUAAACAACCUGGAGCGACCCCAGAUCAUCCUGAAGUCGGGCCAGCCCUCCUCCCCCGGUAUGGGCAGCGGGCUGCUGGUCCAGAGGCAGCCCAGCAGCAGCAGUGCCGGCUGUGUUCCCAUGUUCAGCCGCUCCGUGGGCACACAGCUGGCCAUGCCCUUCAAAGGCUGUGGGCGCCAGACUCCCCUGCCGCUGCAGAACAUCAUCAUACAGAGGGAUCCUUCUCAGUCUCUGGGGGGGAACGCUGCCAUGGCUGCAAACCAGAGCCAGAAAGGGCCCAUUAGCAUUCAGCCCAAGCCCCUGCAGGUGGGCCAUCAGACUGUGUACAGUGUGAACAGCAUGGGAAUCCAGUCCCAGCAGCAGCAGCAGGGCAGCCCCUACGUCUCAGACAGCUCUCCCCAAGCAGGCCAGCAGCAGCAGCAGAUGACAGUCGACAUCGCCAGUCAUCCAGGGCUGCGGAAAGCCACGCCCGGGCACCAAGGGAUCAACCACUCUGCCAGCAGUAUUGUGAUCCACUCUCCCAUGGGAGGGCAGCACCAGCAGCUCCAGCAGCAGCCCCACUUAUCUCAGAACCAGUUCCUGCUCCCUACCUCCCUCUCCGUCACCCCCAGCUCCAUGGGACACAGCGUCCAGGCUCUGAAUGGACAGAUCCUGCACACCCAACAGGGCCAGCUGCUAUCUAACAAUGCCGACUCAGCCUUCAGCAACCAGACUUCCGCUAACCCCUCCUACUCUGGCUCCAUCCUGGCCAAUCACAAUGCAGCUGUGCAGCUGGUUUCCGGGCAGAGCUUUGCAGCCCCUGGAGGGCAAUUCUUAGUUAAUCAGCAGCUACAGCAGGUCUCUCCCACUGUGCUGCAUCUCUCGCCUUCCCAGGGGAACAUGCCUACAGCCCGGGCAGGGUUCCCCAUGAGUGGGCAGCCGGGAUCCGUGAUGGUCCAAGGCGUUCAGAUCCAGAACAGGUUUGCUGUCAUGAACUCGACUGGCUCCAUGCAUACUGGCUACGGAGCUCAGAGCCAGCCGGGGGUUCAAGGAGGCACUGCCCAGCAAGCCCUGCAGCAGCAGAUACAGGUCAGGCAGCAGGUACCCGUCAGCAUGGGCCACCGCUUCCUCAUCCCUGUGUCCCAAGCAUCCAGCACCAGCACUCUGCACGUGGGGAAUCAAGUGGCACAGCAGCAGCACUUUGAAACACAGCAGUUUGGGCAGAAUCAGGUUCAGAAGGAAUCAAUGAUUCAGACAUCAGCAGGAUUUGUUUCAAAGCUGCAGGAUGGCUCAAGACAACCUCAGUUGGCCAACCUCCUCAGUAACAAAGCUGGUAAGGUCUUGGGUGGAUCAUCGACAAACUUAGAGAAUAUACUGCACCUGCAGAACAGAGUGUCCGGACAGACUCCCCUUCAUCAGAGCACACAGGUUGGUACACAGAAGAGGCCAGCAUCUCAACAGCUAACAAAAGGAAGCUUUAUCCUACAACAGCUGCACAAGAACCAGACCUGCGUCCAUGCAGCCGACCGCUCCCCCUUCACUUGUGUGGACGAGGCGAUACACAGACUGCUGCCUUACCACGUCUUUCAGGGAUCGCUGCCCUCCCAAGAAGAGUUUACAAAAGUGGAUGAUGAGUUUGAGGCUGUGUCCACGCAGUUACUGAAGAGAACACAAGCCAUGCUGAACAAGUACAGGCGCUUACUAUUGGAGGAGUCUAAGCGGCUCAACCCCUCCUCAGAAAUGGUGAUGGUUGACAGGGAGUUCAAUCAGGAGGAGAGAGCCACUCUGACUCGGGGGAAGCGGCUGUCUCUCAUGGACCCAGACGGCUUCCUGGAGGACUUCUGUUGCUUGGCCAAGCCUGCAGAGCAAAGUGCUGGUGAGGAGCCGGCGCCCCCUGACCUUGCUGUCUCCUCCCCGGGCUGCGCAUCUCCGAGCCAGGCCAGGCUCCCGGGACUGAGGGCCGAGCCCAGGGGAUCCAGCCCAGCUCCACGCAGCUCGUUACAGUGCGAAGCAGCAGGCAGCCCUGAGCAGACGAGAAAGGACUUGCAGACUGCCAAGCCCAGUGAGACUCUGCCCAAGGGCCCCGGAGGGGAAGCCCCUCCCCAGCAGGAGGUUUCUCUGAACCAGCACCUGGAGACGGCAAUCAAGAGCAUCCUGGACCUGAAGAAAAACCAGAGACUCCCACUGAGCAGUAACAAGAGUAAUAAUAACAAUAAUAUUAAUAAUAACAAUAAUAAUAAUAACAGCAGCACUGCCACGCCCCCCGCACCGCCAGCACCCCCCCCACCCAUCAGCACAGCACAGCCCAGUUCCACAUCCGCUGAGCCACCAGCAGGGCGGCGCUCCGACAAGCCCCUCACUCCUCGGGCUGGCCAGGGUGCAGCAGACACAGACUCGGCUCUCGAAGCAGCUGUUAACAGCAUCUUAGAAUGUUAGGGGGGCCAUUCCCUCCACCCCACUGCUACCCGCCAAGUGCAGGAGUGCAGAGGCACUGGAGAAUGGAGAGAACACAGCGUUUCAAUGCACUUCAGCACAAAGGGACUUCCUGUCGUAUGACGGGAGAAGGGAAGAGGUGUUUCUUUAUUAGUGAAGAAACGUGUUUUUCUUGACUUUGGAGGUAAAUAUCUUGCCAAAAGGAGUGUGUGUCACGUCUCUAUCAUACUACCAUACUGUGAUACGGAAAAACAAGACUGUGGAGAUAGCAGAUUUACAAAUACGUACAUAUGUAAGCAUAUGUAUCUGUGGUAAAGUGUAUUGAAACAGCCCUGCUUGACCCAAGCAAGCCAUGUAUUGUGUUCAUGUUGUCUGAACUGUGAAGGGGUUCAGCCUGGGACACUAAACAUGUCUGAGAAGGGCGGAAAAUAACUUCUUGACCAAGUAUAUGAAACAGGAGCACUUUUUUUUAUUUGAAGAACAGUAUUUUUGUUAGUAAAAUGUUUUUUUUUUUUUUUUUUGUACCUUAAAGGUAUGUGAAACUCAAACCCAUUGUAAUGAAAAGAGGAGCUGUGUAAUCUCAAUUUGAGGUUCAGAUGCAUUGUAAUGAAAAGAGGAUGCUAAGGGGGCAUUGCCUAUAAUACAUUUUGAGUUGUUUUAUUUUGUAGUUGAAUAACCUUCCUCUGAAUUCACAGCGCCCUUUUGCUGCAGGAGGUCUGGAGCGUGCCUCAUUCUCUUCAUGGAAAGGCUGCAGUCUUGUUUCACUCAGUAGCAUGCUGGACUCCACUGAGCUGUUACUGCUCCGGAUCCGCAGAGCCUCUCUUGAGCUGGUGCUGCGCUGGAUCCGCAGAGCCUCUCUUGAGCUGGUGCUGCGCUGGAUCCGCAGAGCCUCUCUUGAGCUGGUGCUGCGUUGGAUCCUCAGAGCCUCUCUUGAGCUGGUGCUGCUCUGGAUCCGCAGAGCCUCUUUUGAGCUGGUGCUGCUCCGGAUCUGCAGAGCCUCUCUUGAGCUGGUGCUGCGCUGGAUCCGCAGAGCCUCUCUUGAGCUGGUGCUGCGCUGGAUCCUCAGAGCCUCUCUUGAGCUGGUGCUGCGCUGGAUCCUCAGAGCCUCUCUUGAGCUGGUGCUGCGUUGGAUCCUCAGAGCCUCUCUUGAGCUGGUGCUGCUCUGGAUCCGCAGAGCCUCUUUUGAGCUGGUGCUGCUCCGGAUCUGCAGAGCCUCUCUUGAGCUGGUGCUGCGCUGGAUCCGCAGAGCCUCUCUUGAGCUGGUGCUGCGCUGGAUCCGCAGAGUCUCUCUUGAGCUGGUGCUGCGCUGGAUCCGCAGAGCCUCUCUUGAGCUGGUGCUGCUCUAGAUCCUCAGAGCCUCUCUUGAGCUGGUGCUGUGCUGGAUCUUCAGAGCCUCUCUUGAGCUGGUGCUAUGCUGGAUCCUCAGAGCCUCUCUUGAGCUGCUCAGCCUGUGUGAUACAGACUUGCCUGCUCACCCCACACGCAUUAUUGACUGAACAAGAUCUACAUUCAUACCUUGUCAAACUCCCAGGUCUUUAUGCCGAAGUGUAAAAUGCACACGUUUACGGUGAGAGGUAGAACAAAGUUUUCAUGUUACAAAACUAGUUACAAACAGCGUAGGGACACUUUAGAGGUAUAGAAUUUUAGCUUUCGCAAGAAAGGUGCAAAUUGCAAAUUGGCAUAAGGAACUUCCAGCUGAUCUUCAUUUAAAAAAACAUUUAUUAUUAUUUAUUUAUUUGAGCCAAAUCCAUACUUGAAAUAGCAGCACUUUUUCUGAGGAUUGACAUGUAGUUGGGAAUUGAUAUUUUCAGGACGAUGUCAUGUUCAUUUACCAUUCCACAGUCUCAGAAUGAGACCUGAACUCUAAGAGCUUGGUCAGGCACUUUUAUAAGCAACCACACUAUUAAUGGACUGUUCCUAGAGCUUGGAGGUAAAUCCAAGGUGAGGAGUGAACAGGGUAGCCGAGUUAAGAGUUUCCCACUGCAUUGAAAUGUGAGAUUCAGCGCAGGACCAUAUCAGAGAGUGUCUGGUUGGUGGAGAGCUGGCUGGUGGCUAGCUGGUUGGUGGAGAGCUGGCUGGCUGGUGGAAAGCUAGCUAGCUGGCUGGUGGCUGGCUGGCUGUUGGAGAGCUGGCUGGUGACUGGCUGGUUGGUGGAGAGCUGGUUGAUGGCUAGCUGGCUGGUGGCUGGCUGUAUGGUGGAGAGCUUGCUGGUGGCUGGCUGGCUGGUGGAGAGCUGGGUGGCUGACUGGUGGAGAGCUUGUCUGUUGUAGGGGAGAGCGCCCCCCUCUGGUUCUUUGUGGAUCAUCAGACUCAGUUGAUGAUCCCAGAAAUUCUCUGUAUUUUUCUUUUAUAGUGGAAGGAUAUUAACCCUUUGCGGUCCUAUGUCGGACCUGGGCCGACAUUGCAAUUUUCCCUUUCCGGUCCAAUGUCGGACAGGGUCCAACAUCAUCAAAAAGACGUAAAAAACAGGUCUCUAGUCGUUUUUUUCUCCGGAAAAAGCAGAGAAAACCAUUCAAUGGCCGAGUGAGACCGAUAGGAGCCGAGAGAAGCCAAAAAAAAAAAUUACAAGAAAUUUAAUCUCAUGAAUACAGAUAGCCCCGGCACCACAUAGAUAACACAGACAUAAACAAACAAGAUAGCUGCUUCUGCAUCCAGCGCUCAAACAAUAUCACAGACAUUUGCAGAGCUUUUAUUAGAUGUUAUAGUAAUAAAAUAAUGACUUGGAUCGCAUUAUUGAGGAGUUUGGUGAUAAAACAAGUGAUCAGGAGAUGAUUUAUCAGUAUGCACUACUAUGAAGAGGUAUGUGAAAAAUACAGCGAACAAGGGAUGGGGCGGGGCUGGAGAUGCAGUACUGAGUGUCCUGUUGAUAUGCAGUACCUUUUAAACCCGUUUUACUGUAAAAAAAAAAUAAUAAUAAAAAAAAAAAAGACUUUUAAACAGCGCGUCUAAAAUAAACUGCGCAUGUGAAAAUAAAUUGGACCUGACGCGCCUGAGACGCGCUGAAUAAAUGGACCACUAAGGGUUAAUAUAUUUAUACAGUUUUUUUUUUAAUUUUUAAUCCACACUUCAGUGAACAUUUUUUUCAAUGGUUCUUUGACAUGUAUAUACCAUAGAGCAACAUCUCCACUUUGGUCAGUUUGUUUGAGUGUUCAGCUCACACUGGGAAGGCUGCAGUGCUCUUCAGCUCACACUGGGAAGGCUGCAGUGCUCUUCAGCUCACACUGGGAAGGCUGCAGUGCUCCAGCUCACACUGGGAAGGCUGCACUGUCCGUUGGUCUGUGCUCCAGUUCACUCCUCUGCUUCUUCUAAUAUGGGCAGGAUUGUUUUUCUUUGUUUUAAGAGGUUGCAGUUUUGGGACAGAGAUUGUCAUACAUAAGUCACCAUUGAUACUCACAGGGGUCAGGCUGCAUUAACAGCCUGAGCAAUACUGCAUCGCUGUGUGCAGGAGGAGUGAGCAUCACCGCACGCGAGAACAAACCGCAAGCGUGGAGUGAUGUCAUCACUCAUGCCUGUGUGUAAGGCCAGGCAGAAUAUACAGCAAUGCAAUCCAUGCUUCAUUUACUGUGGGCUCAAAGUCUACACUACACCAGCUUCCCUUACUUCAAGACUAGAGAUUAAACAUUCUCUUCUUUUAGGUUUUGACUUUUUUCUGAUUCAUUUUGCUGCUUGUUUUUGUAAAAGAAAGUACUUCUUUGGCCUUAACAGAGUGACUUCAUGAGGAGAAUGUAUUGCUUCACAUGUGAUACACAUUCUUUGCUCUGCGUUUAUUGGUCUCACUUGAAACUUGAUUUGUAAUAAGUUUUUUGUAUAAAAAAGAAAAAUAGAAAAAAUAUUUAUAAUGAAAUGGCAGUUAUUUUUGUUAUGUUGGAUAUAAACUUUGCACAGAGUUGUAAGUAUAUGGUUCACUCUUAGGUUAUACAUUGUUUCAUUGGAUGUUCACACACAAAAAAAUGUUGAAAUUUAAUAUUCAAAUACAGCCAAAGACUUGAAGAGA